AACAGUACAGAAACAAUAGGCCUUCGCAGCGCUUUGCUGCUCGGGCCUAAUAAAAACAUAAAUAGAAUUGUAACUGGAGUAGCCAUACAUUGUUUGGAGCUUAAGGACAUGUAAUUCCCAGAAUGUCUUAUAAUUAGAACAGAAUUCAGGGUCAAUAAAUGGUCUGAGGGGAAUUCCAAAAAGAGGAAUUGAUAAUUUUGUAUGUUGAUUCGUUGAUGAUUAAAGAAGUUAGUUGAUCGAGUAAUGAAAUACAUGGUGAAUAAAAUGAUGAAUUAAAGGUUAAUAAUAGAAUUGAAAUCAAAUGUUUAUUAAAGGGAGUAAUGUUUGAAAGAGUACAUUAAAGGAUGUUUAUGUUUAAUGUUUAUGAUAAUCAUGCAGCAUAUAUAGGAAUGUAAUUGAAAUAAUCAAACAGUGUGUUAGGCACAGAGGCAGGGAAAAGACAUGCCUGGACAUGUCUUAGAGAAGAUUCCAUAAAAGGAAGUCUGGGAAAAAGAGAGCUGAAACCAGAAGGUCAGAAGACAAAAAAACAAAAGGGGAAGCGAAUAGGGCUUUGACCAAGUAUGGGGAUGUUUGGGACUUUCCAUGAAGUAAUUGAAUGCUUGAGAAGUCAUGUAGGCCAUCUCCCCAUACAAAGUCAUGGGUUGAAAGAGUAUAUAAGACCAUGGAAAACAAGAAGAGAAGUUCUUCGUCUCCGGUGCAGAAGUCAAGGCAACACAAGGAUGCAAAGAGAAGAUCAGCAGAUGACCGCACCCUGGAGCCACGGGGAAGUAACGACUCUGCAGGGCUAGACAGAGACAAGACCCAUCAUCCCUCAAUCCCUGGUUCCUGAUUCGACCUCCUGCUCUGCGCUCAACCCAAAGAUUUCAAGGCUGUUGCAACGGACUUGGGGAUCAGACGAAGAUCACAGUAGUGAUGAAGAACUGAGUGCUCAGAAGACAACAACUGGUUCUGCUUUGCUUCUAAUCUAAGUGGGAUUUUGCUGUACAUGGACAAGCCGCAGACCAAGGACACUGGAACCUUCCGUUGCUGAGAUAAUUUACCAUCUGGGUAUGAGUUGAACUGCUUCCCAAAGCCUCUUUUAGUAAAUUAGUGACACAGUUUAGGGAAAGAAGUUAGGAAAUUAUUAAGGUGAUUUUACUCAAAUAGAUUUUUACUUUUAUUUUGUAAUCAUUGAUAAUUAAACUGUCAUUUACCCCCACUAAACGCUUGCUUAAUAAAGAUGCAUUAAAAUUCGAAUAAGGAUUGUGGACAGUGAAAUUAAUUGAGUCAGUUGUCAUUUUAUGGUUCUUCUAGUUAAUGUAAAACCCAUGAACAUGUUUCUAGAAAUGUGGUGGCUUCAGAAAUCCCUUUAGUGUUGAUAAAAUAAUGACCUUGGGGCUCAUGCCGAGCCACUAAAAACUAACUAGUCUGUAACAAGUGCACGUCGUUGAUGGAGGGAGCGCUACCGUUAACAAGAGUGGUUGUUGGAAGUUAUGCGGUUGUGAGGGCAACUCAGUUGAUUGCUUCUUAACUGAAAAAGGUCAUAACUCUUGGACUGUAGGUAGUUAAAGGCUAGUUGAAUCUCCCUCGACACCAGCUUAGACAGAUCAUCUCUCCCAGACCUGCUUCAGGGUAAUACUCGAAGGUUUAGAGAUUUUCCGGACCCGUUAGACAGAGAGCUGGUCAGCAGUCAGUCCAUGGAGGUUGUGAGGUUUAGGGCGGGGCUGGCUAUUGCGUAACAACACCCAGGGCUCCAGCUCCACGCUAUUAAAAGAAAUCCAUUGCAAAUUGUCAUAUGGUGCAUUUAUGCAUAAUUAAUGCAAAAGGAGGUUUAAUCAACUGCUUUGUGGUUGGAAAUUUAAAUACUUUUCAGUAGUCAUGCAUUUCUGUUUAAAUUAUUAAUGUGAUCUUGUGCAACAUUCUUAUUUAUGACACAUUAAAUUGUGGAUUCUUUAAAAGCCAUAAUCAUCAAACUUACAAGAUACAAGGGUUUGAAAUAUUUCACUUUGUGUGUGAUGAAUCUACAUAACGUAUUAGUUUAACUUUUUCAUGAUAUUGUAAUUUGAAUGUAGUGUAGUUCACACUCCAUCCGCUGGGAGGCAGCGAUGAGUUACACGGCACCUCAGAGUAAAUAAAAGGGAGGAAACCCGCGGGCUGACGAUCAGUCCGAGGCAGAGAUGAGGCAGGAAGAGCUGGCAGAGCUCACAAAGUUAUGGAUAAGUUGAAACUGGAUUUCAUCUUGUAAACCCUUUAAAAUCAUAGGACACGUAGGCACGCUAUAGCCUUCUAAAUUUACAGACAACACCCAGCCUGCAGGAAGGACAGAAUGAGCACGAUCCUCAGACUGGAAGGCCUGGACGUGAAGGCAGGCACUGAAGAUAUACGGACCUUCUUUCAGUCCCUGCACAUACCUGAUGGAGGGGUUUACAUUAUGGGAGGACAUCUCGGCGAGGCUUUUAUUUCGUUUACCACUGUAAGUGAUGCACAGGCUGCUUUGCUGCGCAGUGGGAAUUUUCUCAAAGGCUCCAUGGUGACCCUGCACAUCAGCAGUAUGGAAGAGAUAGAGCAGAAAUUCGAGGAGUCCUUAAAUAGCAAGAAAACUUCGCUCACUGUAAGAAAACCUCAUCCACGUUCAGCUGAAAAUGAAAUGUCAAGGCAACAUAAGACUAAAAAUGGCAAUGUUAAGUCCAAAUCCAGCUCGCACGACGUUUACCUGGCUAAGGUGAAGCCCAAAUCCGGACCUCAUGGCAUUAAUAUAUUGAGGCCCAAAUCCAGAUUACAUGAGGACAACAUGACUAGAUUGAAGCCAAAAUCCAGACCACAUGAUGUUAACAUGACGACGAAGCACAAAUCUAGGCUGCGUGAUGUUAAUAUGAUCAAGGUGACGCCCAAAUCCAGGCCGCAUGGUGAUAAUACUUCAGUUUCAUCUUCAGCUGCAUGUCCAGUUGAUCCUGAUCCUGCUGAUCUGCCAGCUUCUAAUGCACAACAUUUUCAGCUGAGUACAACAAACAUGUCAGCUUCAAAUGCACAACUAUUGGAUACCGAUGCUUUUUUUCUUGGAGUUUGUAGUGUCCUUCAAAGACUCCAAUCAACUCAAACGGUGCCAAAAUUUGAGUUUCCCCACGUUGACAGCGCAACUUCCUCUGAAGUGGUCAGAAAUCCAGAACAUACACUGGACUUGAGGCCAGGUUAUGUUCGGCUAUUUGGGCUGCCAGCUUCAAUUACUAAAGGAGACAUCUGCAAGUUCUUCAAAGGAUUACGUGUAGAAGACGUUAUAGUUGACGUCGAAUUGGGAAUCAGUCGUGGCUGCCUUGUUAAGUUUGCAGAUAUGCAAGAUGCAUCUGAUGCUCUUGGCUUCAACCAACAGAUGCUGGGCUCCAUUCCUGUGGAAGUACGUGGAGCAGAAGAAAAACUGUGGGUCAGAGCUCUUCAGGAAUGUAGUAAGGUUUUUGAUGACAGGUCAAAGUGUAAACAUGAAAGAUCUCCAACGGAAAAGGCACACUAUGAAAGAAGAUCUGUUGUUUCCCAUAAGAGGACAUCUGAUCAAGUUCCGUUUAAACCAUUAAAACACCCAAAACGUGAUGCGGAACCCAAUGCUUCAUUAUCAAGAUCCUCGGAUUACACAGUCAUGGUCAGAAACCUGCCAAAAAACAUGACCAAGACUGACAUAAAAGAGCUUUUCAGAUGCCAAAACCUACCGCACAAAAAUGUGCUUCAUCUGCUUGACGAAACAAACAAUAUCACUGACACAGCUUUUCUGAGUUUUAACAGUACCGAGGACUUUGACUAUGCCAUUAAUCUCUCUGGCUGCCAUGGUGGCUCUGGUGCCAUUGAGGUUACAUCAAUCACCAAGGAGCUCAUGUGGAAAAUGAUAGCCAAAAACCACCCCAGAAACCAAAGGACUGGUCCGACUGAUCCAAGAUUACAACGCAGCUUCAGGAAGUCAGAGCCAGUGCAAACCGACGCGCCGCAGAGAGAAAGUCUAAAUGAGACGGGUCAGCGGUACAUUUUUAUUAGGAACAUGCCUGCAACUGUCAAGAAAAGUCAAAUCAGGAGCCUGUUCUGUAAAUUCAGUCUGAGUUUGGAUGACAUAAUGUUACUACAUGAUAGAGAGGGCUAUGGCUCAGGUGAGGCUGUUGUUAAGUUUGAAUCUGAACAGCAGGUCACACAGGCACAGAGGUUGCACGGCGAAGAGUUCCUGGGGUCAAACGUGCUUCUCACCCCCAUAAAUGAGAAGCAAAUGAAGAACAUUUUGGUGAACACCUGAAGAUUUUGCCUGAAAAUCAGUUUCAGCUGCGCUUGACUGCGGAGGUUUCUAGUUUGCAUUAAAGGUUUUUUCAUUUCAAGA